UGCAGGUAGCACCAGGUGAGUGCCAGAGGGAAGCGGCAGUGGCGCCGGAGCCGGUACCAGGAGCCAGAGCAAAGGGUUUCGAUGACAUUUCGCCAGUGAUGGCCGCAACUUUCAGUCAGGAAACCGUUUUGGAUUUUCUGCUGCUUCAUCGUGGAAAGGUGAGGAAUGCGGAUCUGACCGCUCAUUUCAGCCAUUUCCUCAGGGACCCUGAGAGGCAGCUGCAGACCCGCGAACAAUUCAAGAAGUUCGUCAACUCAGUCGCCGUGGUGAAGAUGGAAGGUGGGGUUAAGUAUAUACUUCUGAAGAAAAGAUAUGUAGAAUUGAUCCCCGAAGAGAUUUCCACUUCAGGCCAUGUCAUCGCGCCUGCUCGUCCAAAGAUAGAAGAUAAGGUGAGGCAAAGAGCAGCUCAGUGCACCCAGCCGGCGGCUGCUGGACAACUUCCAGAGAGUCCGCUCAAGCAAAAGCGCCAGGAGGCAGUAGCACAGAAAGUCAGCAAAACUCACCGUCCUUCCAGAGGUGAGGAGAAAGCCACUCCCGAGGAGUUUGCAAAACUUUCCAUUGACGUUGUGCAGGAGCCAAAGGAGUCGCCGAAGGCAUUGCCAACUAUAUUACGAGGUGAAAACUGCGUCGAUGAAGCGAAUGGCUGCACCUUAUUGAGCGAAGGUAGUCGCCCACAGCUUGAGAUGGUCAGGGAAAAUGCCAAAAAGACCAAUGUGGACCAACCCGUUCGACAGAGGGAUUCAAGUGGAGUUCUCAACAAAGGCGAUGGAUCAGUUCUUUGUAAGUCAACAGAGCAGAGGUCUCGAAAUUUUAAAAGCAAAAGUAGAAGAGGUCCUGUAGCUCCAAGUCGUUGCGCGGGUGACACCCUGAGAUUAUUUAAUGAGGAUAGUAAACGCAGCAGCAAUUCCACAGCCUCGCCCAACCUUUCUCAUCUCGCCCCUCCUCGCUGUAUUGCUGAGUGUAGAGAGAAGGGAAAACCCAUCUAUGGACCUCCUCCAAGCUACAAUUCUGAAAUCAUUUCUGAUGCACCUGUCAUUGGAAAUUUGCAAUAUAAACCUGACCAAAAUCUUCUGGAGAAUUUUGCGGAGAAGCCAAAAAAUGGUUUUCAGCGAGUGCACAUGCAGGGCAGCACAUCUACUCACCAGAACAAAGUGGUCAACCACUGGAAAAAGCCUUCAUCACGAAUGAAACAUGGAAGUACUGACAAAAUACAGAACAUUUUGCCAGUAUUAUCAACUGGUAGUGACACUAAAGUGCUUGUAAAUUCAGCAGCAUAUACAGAAGAAUGCAUUCAAAAGAGUCAAAAAAAGCUGUCACAACAGCAUUGUCAGGCAUCUGAAGGAAGUGGGCAGCUAUUGGGUAAUAAAGGGCAAAGUAUAUCGCCCAAAAGACACAAACCUUCUCGUAAAAAGAUUAAGAUCAAUGGACUUCCUCACAAAAUGGCAACAGUCAACAAGUCAACUGCUCCAAAAAUAGUUGAUAGGGAAGCAUUUUUGCACAUAAGUGAUCAGCCAGUAAGUUUGACCCAGACAGAGAGUCAUGGUGAGUGCAGAGAAGAGGAUUCAUUAAAAAUUGGGCAUGCAUCAGAAAAAUCUUUACUUGAUUCUGUGGAGCAUGAAUGGAUGGUGAAAACAGCUGUUGGCAGGUUUGAACAGGCUUAUGCUUUAUUCUGCAAAGAUCCUAACUUUGCUAUGAAAAAGGAUUUUAUUUCUGGCUACACAGUGCUUCACUGGAUUGCAAAACAUGGCAACCAUCAUGCACUCUCUCGAUUUAUUAGCGGUGCAAGUAAAAUGAAAGUUAAACUAAAUGUGAACAUUAAAUCUACCUGUGGGUACACUCCACUACACAUAGCUGUUAUACAUGAACAGCUGAAAAUCAUUCAAUACUUAGUGAAGAAAUAUCAAGCAAAUGUUAAUUUAAGGGACCACAGUGGCAAGAAAGCCUGGCAGUACCUGAACAGUGAAUCUCCUAAAGAUGUGUGCCAGAUGUUGGGUGCUCCUGAACAUAAACAUGCAGUGUGUUCUGAGAACAGCAUAUUUCUAGCACAGAACAUCAACAAGCAAGAAUCGAUUCCUGCCAUAAGCAGAAAAACAUCAUUCUCUGCGCUUCUCAAAUCUCCACCGGUUCUUCGAAAAUUCAUGCACUGGGAUGUUGAUCGCUUUCAUACAAUAAUUGAGGAUGAUGAACAAGACUGAAAUACAACUUUUAAUAUCUUUUAUAAUUCGUAUCAGAAAUGAGAAUAAACGUACUGUUCAUCA